AGCGGCGGCGGCGGCUGCGCAGGCGCAGGAAGUUGCGUGCUUUUGUGUUUUGGUCCAGGAGGAGGAGGUAGAGACGGAAGUUGGAGGCCGCAUCCCCUCAUUUCCCCCCCUCAGCAGCCUCAGCGCACCGUGAGGUACCGGAGCAUCCCAAAGCCGUCAUAUCCCUCCCCUCACCUUACCCACCCGCAACCGGAAGAACCAGGCGCUCGCCGGCUCCACUUCAGUAACACACUCGCCGGGGGGCGGAAGUGGCGAGAAGGCCGCAGCUUCCCGUCAGGGCCAGGUUAUUUGAGUUGAAGGCGCAUCAAGGUUCACAUCCUGGAAUCGUCUUUUUAAGAAUCUGAAACAAGGGACUCCUUUCUAGUUUGGACAUGGCCAACCGAGGAGCAACUAGACCCAAUGGGCCUAAUGCUGGAAAUAAAAUAUGUCAAUUCAAGUUAGUUCUUCUGGGAGAAUCUGCAGUUGGCAAAUCAAGUCUGGUGCUUCGUUUUGUAAAAGGCCAGUUUCAUGAGUUUCAAGAGAGUACGAUUGGAGCUGCUUUUCUAACACAGACCGUAUGUCUUGAUGACACAACAGUAAAAUUUGAGAUUUGGGACACAGCUGGUCAAGAACGAUAUCACAGUUUGGCACCAAUGUAUUACAGAGGAGCUCAGGCAGCUAUAGUUGUAUAUGAUAUUACCAAUGAGGAAUCGUUUGCAAGAGCCAAAAAUUGGGUAAAAGAACUCCAGAGGCAAGCAAGCCCUAACAUUGUAAUAGCUUUAGCAGGAAAUAAAGCUGAUUUAGCUAACAAAAGGGCUGUAGAUUUUCAGGAAGCACAGUCUUAUGCGGAUGACAACAGUUUAUUGUUCAUGGAGACGUCAGCUAAAACAUCAAUGAAUGUAAAUGAAAUAUUCAUGGCAAUUGCUAAAAAGUUGCCGAAGAAUGAACAACAGAAUGCAGGGGCCAACUCUGUCAGAGGAAGAGGAGUAGAUCUUACUGAACCAACACAACCAACUAAGAGUCAAUGCUGUAGUAACUAAACCUUCAGCUGCUUUAAACUGUCUUGAAUAUUCUUCUGCUUCCUAACUUGUUAAUAACGAAGGAUUUGGAGUGUUUAACCUGGCCCAAUACAGCUUCCAAAAUCGAAGAGACUUACGAAAUAAUCAUUCUGUAUUAGAAACGACUUUGUCCUAAUUUUUAAUAACAUGCAUGUAUCACUGGCUGUUACGUUUCAGCAAAAGAGGGGGGAAAUGGAAGCUGGAUAGACUUGCUUCAGUUGAAAGGUUUAUAAACUGUAUCACAUGUCAUUAGGGAUAGAGACUGAACUACUCCAUGGGUCUGCAGCUAACUGGUUAGUUCCUCAAGCUUUGGAUAUUGGUUACUGUUAGUGAAAUAGAAUUGGGAUUCUCCCUUUGUGGUAUGGGGGAAUAACCCUAACUAUAACACACCUUCUAAAGAUCCUAUAAGCUUAUUCACAGUAUUUAUGCAAAAUGUUGUUUAUGUGGGUAUCUACCAUUUAAAUAUACAUUCCACAUUUCCAUAAUGUAACUGCAAAAUAUGUGCAGCAUUAACAAUUUUAUGGAUCCUGUGCUUGCAGAACAAUUGGUUUUUAGUUGUUCCACUAUAUGUAAAUGUGUCAACCCAGUUUAAAGUAAAAAUCAAGUUUAAUUCAAUUUUUUUCCUGUUUAUAAAAUGGCACAGCUAAUGAAUUCAACAUCUAAUGCAAAAUUUCCCUCAUCAUAAACUA